UCCAAACGGUACUGGGCGCUCUUCGCCCGCCGCGUGUGGCCCGAGGCCUGUGAGCAGGACGAGGAGGCCGCCGCGGGGCCGCAGGGCUGGUGCCUUCCCCUGUUGAGCCGGCAGUACCUGGAUGCCCUGAUCUCGUGGUACUGCAGCUUCCAGGACUGCUGCGGGGGUGGGGACUGCAGGAUCACCAACAACUUCACAGGCCUGGAGUCAGACCUGCGUGUGUGCCUGCACGGCCAGCAUCUGGCCCAGGAGCUGGUUCUGACAACAGUGAGGAGCUACUUAGAGCUGCCCCGUCCAGACAAGGCCCUGGCUCUGUCGUUCCACGGCUGGUCUGGCACAGGCAAGAACUUCGUGGCUCGGAUGCUGGCAGAGAACCUGUACCGGGAUGGGCUGAGGAGUGACUGUGUCAAGUUGUUCAUCACCACAUUGCACUUCCCCCACUCCAAGGACUUGGACCUAUACAAGGAGUGGCUGACAGACCAGAUGAGGGAGACGCAGGAGCACUGCCACCAGACCCUGUUCGUUUUCGACGAGGCAGAGAAGCUGCACCCAGGGCUGCUGGAGGCCCUCGGGCCACACCUGGAACUCCAGGCCCCUGACAACCUCAGGGCUGAGCCUCCGAGGACCAUCUUUCUUUUCCUCAGUAACCUUGGGGGCAGCGUCAUCAAUGAGGUGGUCCUGAGGCUGCUUGAGGCUGGCUGGUCCCGGGAAGAAAUCACAAUGGACCAGCUGGCGCCCCAGCUCCAGGCUGAGAUCGUGGCAUCCACAGACAGCGGCUUUGGCCACAGCCGUCUUGUGAAGGACAACCUGAUUGACUUCUUUGUCCCCUUCCUGCCACUGGAGUACCGCCAUGUGAGGCUGUGUGCACGCGAUGCUUUCCUGAGCCAGAAGAUCCCAUACACAGAGGAGGACCUGGACGAAAUCGCCAACAUGAUGGUGUACAUCCCCCAGGAGAAAAAAAUCUUCUCUUCCCAGGGCUGCAAAUCGAUUUCCCAGAGAAUUAACUAUUUCUUACCUUGAGGGUUGGAUGAAAAUGUCCCGAAGCUGCCUUCCUUCCACUAACAGGACCCUGAAGCCAGCUGGCACCUCCACGCUCCAGCACACAGGUACUGUGUAAAAGGCAGGCCUUAAAUCAGAAGUCGAGCCAAUUUGUAAAAUCACUUGGUGCCUUGAAGAGCCACAAUCCAAAGUGGUGGUGGCUGGAGGAAGCCACCUGGGACUCAAAUCCCAAGGGCUUAUGAGCAUCUCAGUUCUUGCCUGCAGCUGCUCGCACUCGGGCGUGGGGCCUGCGGUGCCAGAGCAUCAGUGGCAGGGAGGGGAAGAGGUGUGCUGCUUACGGGCGGCAGAGCCUGCGCCUCGGGUGCGCUGGCUCGGGGGUCAUUUAUUCCCGCGGGAAGCCGAGCAGCUGUCAGCAGAUCAGCAAAGAGCCUCAGGCUGAAGUAAAAGGUGCACAGAAUCAUCUUUUUUAAAAAAUCAUGCCAGUGUAAACUAAGAUUUGUUCUGCUUUGCAGAUUUGAAGAUUUUUAAAGUUAAACAUUAAAACUUUGUAUUUUUCUAAAAACCUUCAGCCUGAUUUCUUCACGAGACCUAGUAGUACUGUUCACUCAACAGAAUUCUGAACGCCAGGUAACACGCACAAGCGCAGGCGCGGGCACUCACCGGGCCUACAGGCGACCGGUCUGCCACCUGACUUCCGCUGCUUUGCUGAGCUGGGUUACUUCGACCACGUACUGAGAAGGCCCCCUCCCAUAGCAUAUUGGUCUCAUGUGUGAAAACAUCUCCCAGCUUUAAAAAGAAAGUCGUUUCUGAGGACUGAAUGGCCAAGUUCAGUUGUGCCCCUACACAGGAGGUGCUCACGUGUUUUUUCCUUCUCUUGGUCUUCCUUUGAUGCUUCCAGAACCUUUUAUAUUUGUCAUCACUUCAGGUAGCAUCUCUUAUUUGAAACCCUCCCCAACUUUCUCACCAUUCACCUUGCUGAAACGCUUCUGUCUCCACCCCACCUCAGGCUUCACUGCACUCAUCCACUCCAACACCUGCCUGUUGGCGUCCAGCCGGAGCCACGCCAGGCACUUGGGAAAUACUCGCAGUGCAUGAAAGGAGCGGAGUUCCACGCCUCUCACGGGACCAAAGCACACCUGGCCUAAUGGCACAAUAAAACGGGGGCCGGUUUAGCUGCCGGAGCAUCCUGGGAAUACACAGGCCGCCCGACAGCAGUGCAUGUUCCCGCUCUAAACCCAACAUACACUUUAAGAGGCACAUUCUCCAGCUUUAAGUCUCAGAGCCACAGAACAGCUGACGUCCUCUUAGCACUGGCCAGCCAUGUUCCAUGUCACAAAUCUGGGGUCUAAGCUCCUCACACUGCAGGAACCAAGACGAGCAGGGCGCACAGUCGCCCGAGCACUUCUACGAAUCAGAUUGCUGAGUGCUGGGGCUCGGCCGCCUGCCACUGUGAGGCCGUGGAAUGCGGUCACCCUCGGCUUAACCUUGGCUUACACUUUGGCAAAGUGAGUGUCACUGGACUUACCUCAGAGGGUUGCUGUGAGGAUUAAAUUAGUUGAUCCUUAUGAAGUGCUCAGGAUGCAGAGCUUUAGGCGUUUACCAACGGACACCUGGUAAACCCGCUGUCGGUGGCACCGCGGCUGGGCCUCAGCCUCUGUCUGGUCCUCGGCUCCCUGCUGGCCGAGGCUGGUUUCAGGUAACUGACGUCUGAGGACUCACCUGCCGUGCCACGCCCGGUGCUAGGCCCUCUGCAGCUGCCAUCGUGUGUCAUCCUAACACUGUAACAGACACCAAAUUCAUCACUUAAUGAAUGCGAAAAUGCGGGCUGAGGUUACGUGUCCCGCACAGUCACGAAGUUCUAGUCACUGGAGCGGUCAGGGUUCGACCCAGGUGGUCCAACCCCAGCACCGAUACUUUGCAGACUUGCUUCUAAUUUCCAGAUUUCCUCAGCAAAAAUGAAAUGAGAGAACAUUUCCUUGGCAAAUGGCACAGCCUCAGGUGUGGAGAACGUCACCGUAACACAGAGGGAGGGGAUACAGUGAGGGGUCUUCUCUGCAAACUGAAACAGCUCCCCCCGCCCCCCCAACCCAAAAGUGAGCGGGAGAGAAGGGUGGAAAAGGGGUAUGUGGGGAGGGGCAUAGGCUGGCGGCCGACAGCCAUUCUAACUGGACCUCACGUGGGCACCGCUGGAGUCUACCCUACUCAUACCUAAUUAAAACCUGACUUCUAAAA